UGUCCCUCUGAGGUGUAGUACAGUAUAAAGUACACCAUGUCCCUCAGUGGAGGAUCUCUGGAUCUGGUGAAGACCAACAUGGACAUCGAGGACUUCAGGAAGGCGACCGGAGCUUCGUCGGUCAUGUUGGCUCGAGCCGCCAUGUGGAACGCUUCAGUGUUCAGAGACCAGGGACCUCUUCCUCUGGAGACCGUCAUGGAGGACUACCUCAAACACGCGAUCCGGUACAACAACCACGCCUUCAACACUAAGUACUGUCUGUGUCAGAUGCUGAGAGAGAAGGUGGAGUCUCCUGUGGGGAAGCAGGUGCAGGCGGCUCAGAGCAGCGCGGAGCUCAGCGAGGCGUUGGGGCUGCAGGAGUUCUAUCAGCAGACCCAGGACCAGCUGCAGGCCAAGAGGGACGCCCUGCAGACCAGCAGCCGCCCGGAGACGCUGGUGAUGGACGGAGACGUCACCACCAUGGCCGUCAGGUUUGAGCGGUGAGUCAGUGAACCUCAACGAGAGCUCCUUCUGUUUGAUCUGUAGGACCGCGAGGUAACACGUAGGACCGCGAGGUAACACGU